CCAAAUAUACCUCUAAAGUUCAAGAUUUUUGACUCUUGUGAUAUCGUAGCAUCUACGCUCAGAGAUUCAUCUAGAAAACUCAUAGCCUUGUUUGAGAGAAAGUCAGCUAUGUCGGAUACAUGGGCUCGGCAAAACGCAGAAGCUGUCUUUGCCGAGAGAAGAGAUGUGAACAAGAACGUCUCACUUCAGACAGGAGAAGAGUUCUCCAUGGAGUUUCUGAAAGAUCAAACUCCCAUCAUCUCAGGGAAAACUCAUAACGAUACGCAUAGAUUUAGGGACCUUUACUAUCAGAAUCAGCCACUGGGAUACGACGGUAAUGCUCGGUUUCACGAACUGAGGAGGAUAGAAUCUGAAUGUCCUUCAGACGCAUAUGACUUCGGACGAGACCCGAGAGCUUCUUCUAUACGUGUCGAGAACGGUGGUUACAUGCCUCGUUUCAACGCAUGCCAUGGUGAGAAAGAAGUUGUAGCAAGGAAAGCUUUUGGUGAGAUAAACUCAAACCAAGGUUGUGUCACAGGGAGGCCUCAAAGCAACUAUACCGGAGGAGAUUUCGAUAGAUUCGGGAAAGUGAAGUUUCUUUGCAGCUUUGGUGGGAGGAUCAUGCCAAGAUCCACCGAUGAGAAGCUGAAAUACGUAGGAGGAGAGACGCAUAUCGUUUCGAUACGCAAGAACCUCUCGUGGGAAGAACUCAAGAAGAAGACCUCAGCUAUAUGCAAACAUUUGCACUCUAUCAAGUAUCAGCUUCCAGGUGAUGAGCUUGACUCUCUGAUAUCGGUUUCUUCUGAUGAGGAUCUUCAGAAUAUGAUUGAAGAGUACAAUGGACUUGAAAGGCUCGAAGGUUCGCAAAGGCCAAGACUGUUCUUGAUUCCUAUUGUUGUGGACCCUGAAAACAAGACACUACAGACUUUGGCUAGUGAUACAAGUUAUCAUGUAAACCAUUUGGAUCACAACCCGAGUUUCUCUAAACGGUUACCGGGUCAGAUGCUCCGGUUAGAUACGACUGCGAUGCGUCCGAAUCAGCAUUUCAAUGGAGUUCACUAUAACUUGUCUUCAUAUCCAUCACCUCCUCUAUCUCCUUCACCAUUCCAGCACAGGGAUUCAAACGGUGGAUACUCACAGUUCCAUGGAAACAACUCGAGCUCCGAGAGCAAUCAUUCAGCAAACUGUCAGACUUACAAGCAAGAGGCAGAGAACCUUUACGGGGUUCAGUUCCAGAGUGGCUUCAGCAAGAACCUUGAGACUCUUCCCAACAUCAGUCUUGUUGACACGGUUUGCUUUCACCAUGAGAGGCCUGCGAAUAACGGAAGGCUCCACAGCGAUAAACCGUGCGUACCGGAAGAAUCUAAGGUCUCGUUUUCCGGUUCUACGAACUCGAAUGAUUCGUUCUUGGGGAUCCCACACUCGUACUCAGACUCUACACUGGAGAUCAACGGUGGACAUUCUAGCUACUUCUCGCAGGAGAGACAGAGCCCAUCUUCACCAUUGAACUUCACAAAGAAAGAAACGCAAGAAAAGCCAGUGCAGGUGUAUCGGAACAACGAUCUAACUGACCGUCGUACGCAGAGUAACAUACUCGAUUUGAAGUCUAACGAGGAAGGAGACAAGACAUUACAAAGAGACGUUUCAGCCGCGGGGAAUCAUUACGAUGAGAUGUAUCUAAACCAAGAAACCAAGAAUCAAGAAAGGAACAGUGACACGAUUUUUCAUCUUGGUGCUGAUAUGGAAUGCAAGAACUUGCCUACUUAUGGAAACCAGACCUCAACGGUUGUUGUUGACCCAUGGAAGCAAAUAAAGCAAGAUAACGAUCGUUUGAUAGGUGGAACCGUGUCCGGGAACCUGAUCUCCUUGGAGGAAGGCAUUGCAGCUGACACCACGAAUGAGGAAACACUAGACGCUCUGUACCACACGGGGAACAACGGGAAAGGAGUCGUUCAGAAAUCUUUUGAUCUUCUUCAAGAACCUAUGAAUCAUGCUGUCCAGGAGAGGAAUUUGGAAGUUUCAGGGAUCUUUUUGAAUAAUAGAGAAGGAUCUAAUGAGGAUUUCUUGUUCAACAUCUCCUCAGAAUCAGCAAACAGACAAAAUUUUCAUGAGACAGGGGGUUUAGAACUUAAUCCAACACUAAAGAAGGUGAGUUUUUCAAAAAAAAAAAAUCAUGUUUCAAAAUUUAUAUUAUCCUCUUAUGAUAUUCCAACAGUUAUAACUGAUCUGCAGAGAACACAAAUAGAAGAUGGUUUAGGCCAUGUGAGGAUCCCAAGCAUUGAUAUGAAUAAGCCUGCCAGUGAAACUUACCCAUCUGUGGAGAGGCAAGAUUCACCACAAGCCAGUCCACACGCAAAGAUGAACAGCAGUGAUACUGUGUUCCUUUCCGAGGAAGGUACUGAAGCCAAUGUCGACGAGAAAGAGAAUAGUUUCAACGACACACUCAUUGUUGAAAUGGAAGCCAGUGUUUAUGGUUUGCAGAUAAUAAAGAACGCUGAUCUUGAAGACCUGACGGAACUUGGAUCUGGGACAUACGGAACUGUCUACCACGGAAAAUGGCGGGGCACGGAUGUUGCUAUAAAGAGAAUAAGGAAGAGCUGCUUUGCAGGGAGAUCAUCUGAACAAGAUCGCUUGACCAAAGAUUUCUGGAGAGAAGCACAGAUACUCUCGAAUCUUCAUCACCCAAACGUCGUUGCGUUCUACGGUAUAGUCCCUGAUGGAACUGGAGGAACCUUAGCAACAGUUACAGAGUUCAUGGUGAAUGGUUCACUCAGGCAUGCUCUUCUCAAAAGAGACAGAUUGCUUGACGAUCGGAAGAAGAUAAUAAUCGCAAUGGAUGCUGCUUUUGGUAUGGAGUAUCUACACUCAAAGAACAUUGUCCACUUUGAUCUCAAAUGCGAGAACUUACUCGUCAACUUAAGAGAUCCACAACGACCUAUAUGCAAGGUUGGAGAUCUUGGCUUAUCAAGAAUCAAACGUAACACUUUAGUAUCCGGAGGAGUGAGAGGAACACUUCCAUGGAUGGCCCCUGAGCUCUUAAACGGAAGCAGCACCAGAGUUUCCGAGAAAGUCGAUGUGUUUUCAUAUGGGAUCUCGCUAUGGGAGAUUUUAACCGGAGAAGAACCUUAUGCAGAUAUGCAUUGUGGAGCAAUCAUUGGCGGGAUUGUGAAGAACACGCUUCGACCUCCAAUACCGAAAACUUGUUCACCGGAUUGGAGAAAGCUCAUGGAGCAAUGCUGGUCUAUAGACCCUGAUUCUCGUCCUCCGUUCACCGAGAUAACAAGCCGACUUCGAUCCAUGUCGAUGGAGCUCGUUACCAAAAGCAAGAAGAGAGAAAACAAAACC